GGCGGUCGCUAGCUCGUCGUCCCAUAUGCUACGAGUUAAAGUGACAUUGCACAAUGUUGGUUCUCCGCUGACGGUUGGCAUUGUUUCGUAACCCGAAUCUGUCGUUUGGACCGAUGCUGGUGGAAAUAUGAGGAGUUAACAUGGCAAAGCAACUAAUGAUAGCCGGGGCUAUUUUAGCUCGCGUGCUAAGCUAACGUAGUUGAUCGCGUCAGCUCAAGGAAACGCCGUGAUUUGUUUUUUUUUUUUCAUAAUGGGUCGAUCGAGCGCUUGUUUCAGCACCAGCGCAUCGCGGCGCAAUCGCGGCGACUGCAAAGUCCGCCGAUGCUAUUGUGAUGGUGUUGUCAUGUGUUCAGUCAGCAGCGUGUGUGUGGAGAUGGUUUUAACAGAGGGCGUCCUGGAGGACUCGGGAACCCUGCACUGGCCUGGAGAAGCCUCAUAAACUAAAGCGCACAAACACACCAGCAUAACGCACUCCACUGCGCCGUGACAACGGACCCGGGCACGAGUCCCAAGUUUUAUCUGAAGCACGAGCUCCUGGAACGUUUAGGCGACCCCCACUCCUCCGCUGUGUGAAAGCACCCAUUUGAUUUCUUCCUGUCCGACCACCGCCACUGCCACCAUGCCCAGCUCCACCAUUCGCCGGCAGAUGAAGAACAUGGUAAAUAAUUACUCUGAUGCCGAGAAGAAAGUCAGAGAAGCAACUUCCAACGACCCCUGGGGGCCGUCGUCCUCGCUCAUGUCGGAGAUCGCCGACAGUACUUACAAUGUGGUGGCCUUCAGCGAAAUCAUGAGCAUGAUUUGGAAACGGCUCAACGACCACGGCAAGAACUGGCGUCACGUCUACAAGGCGCUCACGCUGCUCGACUACCUGAUCAAGACGGGCUCCGAGCGUGUGGCGCUGCAGUGCAAGGAGAACAUCUUUGCCAUCCAGACUCUGAAGGACUUCCAGUACAUCGACAGAGACGGCAAAGACCAGGGCAUCAACGUCAGGGAGAAGAGCAAGCAGCUCGUGGUGCUACUAAAGGACGAGGACCGGCUCAAAGGAGAGAGGUCUCAGGCUUUGAAGACCAAGGAGCGCAUGGCCCAGGUCUCCACAGGGAGCAGCCAGAUGGGCUUUGGCCGAGGUUCAUCCCAACCCAACCUCUCGACCUCCUACAGCGAGGAGUACGGCCGCUCCGAGGGCUCUCCUGCCUCCUACCACGGCUCCACAUCUCCCAAUACGGGCUCAGAGCUGGAGCAGGCCAGACCCCAGACCAGCGGCGAGGAGGAGUUACAGCUACAACUGGCUCUGGCCAUGAGCCGAGAGGCAGCAGAACAGGAGGAGCGCAUACGCAGAGGGGACGACCUGAGACUACAAAUGGCUCUGGAGGAGAGUAAGAAAGAAGGUCCAGGUUCCGCUAAACUGGCCAAGAAGAAGAAAGAUCCACACUCAACUUUGAUGGAUCUGAUGGAUGUCCCAGAGCCCAGCGCCAGUGCCGACCCGUGGGGCUCAGUAGCCGGUGCCGGUGCUGUGUCAGCAGACCCGUGGCAGCCCUAUGGAUCCGCCCCUAAGCCCACAGCUCCGGUGGAUCCUUGGGGGGCUCCUCCGACUGUCCCACCCAUGAAGAGCAGUGAUCCCUGGGCACCAAACGCAGCUCCUGCCUCUGACCCCUGGGGCUCUGCAGCCGCUCGUCCCAAGACUUCCAACACAGGUAGCUUUGACUUGUUCAAGGUAUCCAACGGUACGUCCAAAGAGGACUUCUCAGAAUUUGACAGCCUGCGCUCCUCCUCCUCUGUCCCCACUGGUGAUGGGGGCAUAACAUCCUCCAUCCCCUCACAAGCUAGCCUCGCUAGCAGCAGCAGCCUGGACCUCUUUGACCCGCUUCCCAUGUCGUCAUCUGCGGUGACCCUAAACCCGACUAGAAAGACCCCGGAGUCCUUCCUUGGACCCAACGCUGCCCUGGUCAACCUGGACUCACUAGUAACAAAACCAGCGCAGCCUGCGCCAAUCGUCAACCCGUUCUUGGCUUCAACAGGUGCGUCUGCUCCAUCAGCCCACGCCAACCCCUUCCAGGUGACCCAGCCCGCUCCGCCCACCCUGAACCAGAUGCGCGUCAGCCCCAUGCCCGCUGGCUUUGGUGGCAUGGCCGAGGCCCUGCCCCUGGCCUCCCUGCCGGCCCAGCCCGCCUCCAUGGUGCCGCUGGCCGGGAUGGCGCCGAUGGGCCGGGCCGUGGGUGGUGCCGGGACAAACAUGGGUAUGAGCGGAGGGAUCCCGGCGUCCAUGUCGAUGCCCCAGCCUCUGAUGAGCAUGCAGCCCCAGGCUGGGGCGCAGCCCGCGGGAACCACCAACCCCUUCCUUUUGUGAGGGGGUGACUGGGGGAGAACCCUGACCCAGAGUUAUCCCUCCUGUCUCUUUCACUUCUGCUUUGGCUCCUGAAAUGAACUCGCAGAUUUCUUUUGUAACCGAGUCCUGCCCAGGUUGUAGUCCCAGCACAGCCCUCCUACGCCACCACACUCCUUCUUUUGUUUCUCCCUUCCUCCUCUCUAUGCUACAAGCUGCCUAGUCCUGUUCCGUACUGACCAGAUGACCAUAAUGUCCACAGAGACUUUGCAUCUGUCUACAGACUUUCACAGUAGCAGUGGUGUUUACAGUUCCCCCUCUGAGGCAGGACACGUUCACGCGCCUCCGGUCCCUUACUUUCUACCUUAGGACUGUCCGUUCCCUCUUCUGUGGCGGAGUGACAGAAGAGUCUGACUGUACUAACGCCAGGAUCUUAUCUCCUCAGUAGAGCUAAUCUUUUCUAAGCCCUGUCAGCUGGUGUGUGUGUGCGUGUGUGUGUGUACAUCUCAGUACUUUUACACUGUGUAUAGUCCAGUGGAUAUUAUCUACACACACUGGAGUGAGGUUGAGAGAUGGUCAGAUGUGUUUAUACUGUGUAUGUGUGUUACUAAGCAGGGAUUUUGCACAAUUUUUUGCUUUUUAUUUACUUUCCGCGACUGUUGGACUCACCGUUACACCUUAGAGUAGGAAGGGGAUGCCAGCCGCUGAAACAAACCAGACGACACACACUGCCUCGGCUCUCGGUACCACACAGUCACAGCUCUUGUCCGGUCACUUCCUGUCACCUUGGACCUUUUCCCGACCAUCCACAUGAACUUUGACCUGCAUCGGUCACGAGAUUAACUUCAAACAUUUAUCAAAAGAACCCUGAACCCUGUGUUGGAGGGAUUAAAAAGAUGCACAAGUGCAGUUUGUGUGCGCGUGUGCACUCAUACGCUGGUCUACUGUUAAUACUCUGAUACUAACAGCUGUGUGUUGAUGUUAUUGUCACUGUCCAAUGAAUAUACGUUUAAACAUAUGAAUUGAGACGGUCUGAACAUUUUGCUGUCUUAAUGUAAAGAUGCUGCGAGGCAUCUUUUAUAAGUUUUUAAAGUUUGUUUUUAGGGUCAAAGGGAAGCAGGUGGUGUGUGUGUGUGUGUGUGUGUGUGUGUGUGUGUGUGUGUGUGUGUGUGUGUGUGUGUGUGUGUGUGUGUGUGUGUGUGUGUGUGUGUGUGUGUGUGUGUGUGUGUGUGUGUGUGUGUGUGUGUGUGUGUGUGUGUGACAGAUGACAUUAGCUUCUAAGUGUACUUCAAUGAACUAGUUACUUUCAUUUCCCACUUGUAGCUGAAUUAUAAUUUGUCCAUUAUUUUUUAAUAAGUUCAGGACUAAACAAGGGUUAUAGUGUGCGCGUGUGUGAGAGAGAGAGAGAGAGAAAGAGUGCAAACAUGAAUCAAGGAGUGUGUUAUGUUGAGUUAUAACUGUGGUUCUACGGUUUAAGGGCACGUCUGCCAUGCAGCACUGUGAAGAGUUAAGCGCUCCGAGUGGAUUUACUUUGGCUAAUCUAUCUAGAAGACUUAAUAACAGGUGGACAGACACACUCGCACUAACACAGGGUUGUUCCAGGAUCAGUCUAUUAGUAGCGCAGGGAAUACUGGAGCAAACAACCACAAGAGGUGCAUGUGGGGUUUUUGUUGGUUACUUUUCUUUACUCAUCUGAUGUAAACCCGUAGUAUCAUGUCUCUUUCUUUCUUCCGUUCAAGUUUUGACCCUACGGAUAGGAUUUGUGAUUCUCUUCUCUUUGAAGCACAGAGGUUAAGCAACUCGUGGAGUGUGAUUCCUGAUGUCGGCCUGUUAUGAGGUCAUGCGUCCUGUUCGCGUCCUUCGCCACAGUCUCUGUUCGUCUACAUUUUCCAAGUUCAGAGCUGAGAGUUUAACUGUUGGCUGAAUCUGUACUGACAGCUGGCAGGUUGUUGAAAUAUAUCAUCGUAAAGAGUUGCUGACGCGCUUCUUCUCUUGAGGUCACUCCUUUUGUUCUGUUUUUUAUUACUGCCAAUGUUGCUGUAGAGCAUCUCUUUUCUUCCCAGUGGUUUGAUAUGCGUUGGCGCCCUCUCCUGGUCUUUUGUGGUAUGAUAGCUACAUGCAGGACCUUCUGACAUUUUCACUACAGACAGACUUUCAUUUCUCUCAGGCGAUGGAGGGGCAACGCCAGCUGUGUGUAUGGUUUUAUUUGACCAUGAGGCUGAUGAGGAUUUUUGUGCUUGAGGUUCUAAACAAAUUGAUGUGACAGUUGAAGACCAGCAAAUAUUUUUGAACUCAACUAAACAUAUGCAACGAAAUUGGAGGUGUAAAAAAAAGUUAGAGACUUAUUACGUGAUGUAUUUUACGAGUUAGAAAAAGUCUCAUGCUCCCACGGUAUUUUACGUAAGACGUGUCACCUACUCACUGGCCUUGAUUUCACUGCAGCCUGACUUUUACUCAAGCAAUUCUAGAAAAGUUGUCAAGUUGUCUUGAACACACUCAAAUUCCCCAAAAACUCAAACAAACGUGGAUAUGGUGCAGUGAAAAUCUGGUGUGUGUAGCGAGCUCCUCUGUGUGUUACUGUAUAUUCACUAUGCUUUUAUCAAGAGGACUAACUGAUCUUAUAUGCAUAAGCCUCCUUUUAUUCAUUUACAUGUUUGUCUAUUUACCCUUCACAUAGUAUUGGGAGCAGGCUGCUUUUUUAUUGGAUACAUGCUCAACCCGUUGGCAUUAUAACUGUAUAAUAUAAUUUAUCAUUUGUACUAUUGUAACAUACUGUUCUUCUGUAUACCUUAUUAUUCUGUGUAAUGGGUUUUUGUAGGAAAAGUCAGUGGUAUUUUAACGGCAUCUAAACAAACGCAGCAGACUGCACCGUGUUGGAUCACAACAACUGUAGCUGCAAUAAAAUGUAUCACUUGCGAUCUGUAA